ACUGUAACGACCGCCUAUAUGUCCAACGCAGUUUCUCCCCCGUACGUCUUAGAAAAUAGCCUGUGUUCGAAUGUGCUCUGUUUGAAUGUGCGAGUCAGAAUAUGAAAAACCACUGUGUAAGAAGACGGCUUUAACAAAGUAAUAGUUUUCAAAAAGUGUGGGGAUUCACCUUGAUGUUGAAAACAAGAUGAUGUGGAGUGAUGAAUUUGUCUACAAGUGGUGAAGAUCCUACGAACGGCGUUCUUGAUAAUCCUUGUGAAGAUUUCACCAAAGGUGUGUGUUCCAGAUGUACUCAUGUCCGGGAGAGAUUCAUAGAAAAGGAGGAAUGUGAACCAGUCAACAAACUGUUACCCAUUCACACAACAUAUGAUAUUCUAAGGGAGGGUGGCACAAGAAGUAGACAAAAAAAGGAUCUUAGGAGAACAGGAAAGAAAAGAUUCAUAUCUAAAGUUGCCAAAGCAGUGUCAGCAUUACGUAACAGUGGCGGAGGAGUGUUGUUAGUACACGUAGAAGGGACCUCACCGGGAGACAGGUGUCUGGAAUACUUUGACGAGGCUAUCAGAAAAGAGCUAACAGGGUUACUUGAAAGUGGCGAACUUUAUACUGACGUCUAUGAACGUAAAUGUUUGUGUGAGAUUAACACAUUUGAAGAUGUCAGUGACUUUGUUCUGAUAGAAGUUAAGAAAGUUGACAGUGUAUGUACUGUUGAUUUCAAUACUAAAGCGACAAAUGACAGUGAGAAUCUUACCAUCAACUCAUUAAACAUAAAGGUGCACCUGAGAAAAACAAACUGUCAGACACGACGCUGCACUACUGCAAAACUACCAGGUAAUGUCCAAGAACUGCAAGAGAAUCGGCAUAUACAACUGAAAACAUUCAAGGAAAACACAGAAGUCGCAAGAAUUAAGAGAGAUGCUGGAGAAUUGACUGACUACAUAUGGAAUAAUUUGAAAUUAAAGGACAACAUUGCGUCGAUGUCCAAGGUUGUUGGUGGGGGUUCAUACUUUUUGGGUGUCAGUGAAUCCAAUCAAAAAACAAAAGAAGGAUAUACCACUAAGAUACCAGCUUACACUGGUUUUAAGCUAGAUAUCACACAAGAAUCAUUGAGACAACAUAUUUACAAGAAGUUGGAAUCUGACAUCUGUGUCUUGGAUCAUGAAGGAACAUUUAAAGAGGGGCCAAAGGACUUGAUCAACAUCAUAUUCCACACGCUGCCAGGGAAGGAUGUUGGGUUAGUUGUUUUGGAAGUUGCCAUUCGGUAUUGCCACGGAGUUGUGUUCUAUGACAAACUUGGACCCAGAACAUACCUCAUAGAAAGUGGUGAGCCAAAGAUGUCUACAGUGUGUCGAAUGGAUCGUUGUAAAUGGCUUCAAAGAUCACGAAUCAUACACUCCCAUGUUUAUACCCAAACUCUCCAAGAGUAGCUGCACGAAAUGUUCUUGAUACUACGAAUCUGUCAGUUGUAGUGAAUUUGUAAAAUUUUGAACCAUGUCCGGCAGUGACGCUGAACAUCAAACGGCUCUACACUAUAUGAAUCAUCGGAAGAUGAUAUGAUAUGAAAAACAUUCAAGCACACCAUAGAACAAGUCACAAUCAUUAAGAGAGAUGCUACAAAAUUGACUAACUACAAAGGGAACACUUUGAUACUAAAGGACAAUAUAACGUCUAUGUCCAAGGUUAUUGAUGGGUCAUACUACUCGGGUGUUAGUGAAUCACUAAGACAUCAAAAGAAUGAUAUACUACUAAGACUCCAGAUUACACUGGUUUUGAGCUUGAUGUAACACAAGAAUCAUCGAGGGAACAUAUUUCCAAGAAGUUGGAAUAAUGUUAGGGAUAGUGAUGAGCUAAAUAUGGCUGAAGUGAAUGAAUCGUAUCACAUUCUAGACUACACUACCAAAUCCUGUAGACCAACGUUUGACAUUUGAGUACAGUAUUUCAACCAACCAUGUCCGACAGUGACACUGGAACAUCAACUGGCUCUACACCUUAUGAAUCAUCGGAAGAUGACAUGAUAUGCUACAUCACUGGCACCGCACAAUCAGUACCCAAGGUCCCUGACCUACAAGAUGCCGCACAACUCAGUGAGGAAAAUUGGCAUUCCAGACAGCUGCAAACGAAGUCAUGGACCAGGACAUCUGUAGCUACAGCUGACAGUCGAUUGGGUAUUGACACAAACAGCCAUUCGGGAAUGACAAUGUUUUCUAGCGGAGAUGCGCGGGAGCAGUCAUCAAUAGCUACAGUUGACAGUGGAUUGGGCAUUGACACAAACAGACAUUCAAGAAUGUCAAGGUUUUCUACCGGAGAAGCGCGGAAACGGUCAUCUAUAGCUACAACUGACAGUGGAUUGGGCAUUGACACAAACAGCCAAUUGAGAAUGACAAGGUUUUCUAGCGGCGAUGCGCGGGAGGGGUCAUCUAUAGCUACAACUGACAGUGCACAUGGUAGUGAUACAAGCAGACUGUCAAGCGGGAGAACAAGCACUGCUGGCAGAGAGGAGAGGGACUUUAGAAUUGACACACGCAUUCAACAGCUUGUGACAAAACAGAUUUCCGACAGAAAGGCAGGGAACCAGGCACCUAUACCUUCUGCUGACAGGGCCACAAACAUUCAGCGGCGUUUGACAAGUUUUCUUGACAGGGAAGCAAGAGACUGUGCAUCUGUAGUUUCUGCAGACAGUGGCUUGGGUAAUGAAACAAGAAGUAUUUGGAACGACCUCGAUAGUGACUCAAGCAGGCUGCAGGUGAAAAUAAAAAAAAUUGUCAGAGAAGAAUGGAGCCAGACAUCUGUAACUUCUUCCAACAGCGACGUGGGUAAUGACACAAGCAGUCUGUUGGGCGACCAUGAUAGUGACACAAGCAAAUUGCAAAGUGUGUCAACAAGUAUAACUGGAAGGGAGGCAAAGGACCAGGUAUCCAUAACUUCAUUGAGAUUCAAAGAGAAGGAUAAACGUGAAGCACUCAACAAACAUUUACCAAUCCACAUCGACAAUGAUAUGCCACGAGAGGUUGGCACGAGAUGCGGGCAAGAAAAGGAACCAAGGAGGACGAUAAAGGAAAGAUUCAACGCUCAGGUUGCCAAUGCAGUUUCAGCAUUAGGUAACAUUGGUGGAGGAGUGUUAGUACAUGUAGAAGCGCCCUCUCAGACAUUAGCUAGGAUUUUCUGGGCUUAACAGGAUUACUUGAAAAUAGAGAACUGGAAAACUGGAGAACUGGUAUAUCAGCUAACGUAACGUUAUCAAUGACAGUGUGAAUCUUAUCAUCAUCUCAUAAAACAUAAGUCAAUCAUUAAGCAAAAUGUCUGACAUGUAGAUGCAUUGUGCAAAAUGAAUCAUUUAGUCUGCUUUAAAAAGACGUACGUUCUCACCAGAGAUGAUGAACCUGGAUCAUUCGUGAUUGGAGAUAAUUGACGACAGCGCUGUAUAUUUGAUACCUUAUGUGACAUGAUCUUCACUAUUGGAGCGAAACAAAUUCAUGUAAGUGUCUCUUAAAUGGAAACCCCCAGGCCCUUGACCUUCUUUGGUUAUGCUUAAAUAAUAUUUGCCAGUUAUGGAGGACCGUUACAACCCUGCAAAGCUGUCCAUGUAUAUUUGCUUCUAACGUUGACAUGUAUUGAAGUCAUUGCAGUGUCUGUGAGUUUGGCCAUUUUUGGAAUGUAUUUCAGAUAACAUGAUUGGCUAAAUACAGUGAAUGCUGACAUGCAAUGUAUUUCCAGUAGAUGAUUCUCCCAAAUACAAUGGCUUUAGAAAUACUUAGUAUUCAGAGUAAUAUUUUGAUUUUGAUAAUUAACUAGUCUUAGUUGAAAAAAUAAUCCAC